AUGGCCUUUUUUCUGUUGAGAGGACGCCUGAAUCCGCUUCGGUAUUUGAGCAUCCGCAGUCUCGCCAUCAAACGAAAAGAAGAUUUGAACAGUGUGCGUCUUCUUAAAAGUAAAAAGGCAGCCUCGAAAAUCGACCAUAUCGUGCCGCGGAUCUCCGUUAAAAAAGCCCUUUUCGCCGAGCAGCUCUCACUGGCAAACGACUUCGAUUCGAUGUUUUUCUUC